GUGUCAGGGUCAGUGAGGGCAGGAGGUGCACAGAUGCCAUCCCUUUCACUCCUUCCUCCCACAGGUGUUAACAGUAGUGUCAUUAAAUCUCAAGACAAUGGUAAGCAUAAGACUGCAGCUAAUGUCCGAUUACAGCAACAGCAUUCCCCUACCACCUCAGCAUCCCAGGCAGUGACACAGAAUUGUGGCACUAGUAACAGUGUCUCAUCUCCCUCAGAACUGCUGUCCAAGAAGGGUAGCCCUAUGUCUGGGCCAAACCUUCCUCAGGUCUCUUUACAGAGGAUGUUUUCUCCAGGUCUGCUUUCUCCUAAUUCAUCCCAGUCACAGCACUGCAACAAACCAUUGACAGGGCAUAUUAGCCCAGCCUCAAGGGCAACAGGAAUGCUUUCAGGCCAUCCCUCACAGAACCAAAGAGCCUUUCUGUCUCCUGGGCAAAAUUUGCAGAACCAGAAAAACCUCCUGACUGGACAGACUGGUCAUGGUGCCGAAGUUGCACACAGGCUGUCCGCUUCUUCCAACUUACAACAGGAACGCGAUGGCAAACUGGGAUCUGGCAGCAGCUUAGCUGGGACUGCUGAUGGAAAGCUGCAGAAGGCAGAUGUGGCUCAGAGGCUGUUCGAACAGAAAGUGAAGCCAAAGGCAACAGCCAUAGACAUGAAAAACAAAUUCAGACUUGAUCAACAUUUUCUCGAUCUGCAAACAGAAAUACUGAUUGAUAGUCAUAAAAAGUUGCCUGAUUCUCGAGCUUCAGAGCAUGCUGCCGAGGCUCUCACAGCAGGUACUGCAUCGUCUUCCAAAAGAACGUCAUCUUCAGGGAUGCACAGUCAGUGGCCAACUACUAAGACAUCAGUAUCAUCAGCAGUCAUUUCACCAUCAUCAGCAAAUAAGGCAGCCGGCCGAAUUGUCAAGUCAGAUUCCAUGCAGACUAGCAGUGCUGCCCUAUCUUCUGUUGCUGCCCACAUACAGAAUACAGAAUCAGCUGUACCUAAACCAGCUCAUAUGGGUGCACACAAGCAUGCAGGUCAAACAAAGACCAACCCACCUCCAGCUCAUGGGGGCAUAGGAUCUCAGGGACAGAUUAAAGCACAUCAGGCAGCUGACAGUUCCUCUGCACCCAGUGAUAACAAGUGAUGGCAGUUGCAUCUUCAUAUUACUGGUCUUCAUAUGGAAAGAUAAUAAUAAAGCUGUUAAGUUUUGUUGAACUUAACCUCACACAGAAAAACUUUUUUUCUUUUUUUUUUUUCAUUUUUUUUUUUAUUCGACAAGGAUGGCCAGCUGGGCCCUUUCAUGCCUUGAACUAUUGACAGUACACAUAUACACUGAUAGUACAAACAUAACAUAUUGAGGAUACAAAAAUGCAUUAGAAGAUGAAUUUGUUCAGUACUUUUUUUAAAAUAUGCAUACAAAAGAUUGUAAAAAUGUGUAAUUGGAGUCAUUUUAUUGGCUUUCAUCCUCACUACAGUAACAGGCAGCUUUGUAAGCACUUAUUUCCAUUUCUGAAACCUGAUUUCAGUGUGUUGUGAAAAUAUUUCUUUAGAUUCACCCAGAGAACCAGUUUUUCAAAUGAUCUCAUGUUGAGUUCGGUAGAAGAUAGUCUAUAAUUCAGCCAUCUUCACACUUUAUUGUGCUCAGACUAGUUACCGUAACUUCAGUAUGGUUUGAUUGAUUGACUUUUUGCUAUAAACAUCUUAGAUCAUAUAAUGACAGGAAGUUUGAUAAUUCAAUAGAUUUUACAAGAUGUUUGUUGCUCACUGUCCAGGAUAAUUUUUUCAUCUGCAGUUUAGAAUAUGCCAGAAGAUAAUUCCAGGUGACUCCUGUAGUUUGUUUUUCAUAUUUAGUAUUUAACAUCAUAAGUUAGCCUAUGUAAUGCUUAUAUCAGCCUACAGUAGGGAAAAAAACACAAAACAUGAAAGUCUGUUUUUCAGAAUACUCAUGAUAACAUAUUGCAAGCUGGGGGCUGGUUGGUGGAGAUCAAGAUUUGAAAUAUAGCAUAUAUAUAUAUAUAUGGAAUGUGGAUCACUUAUAUGCCAUUAGAAACAGUCUGUGUCUAUGUUUUGCACAGGAAGGGUAUAGUAUCAGGCAGGAGGCAGAUCUAGCUGCUUUAAAAUGAGCUGCUAAUUCUGGUUAUCUUGCAAGCUCUGCCUGUCAGCCAUAGGAAAGGAUAGCAGGGGAUAGUGAUACAUAGCAGCAAAUUGUACUGCACUAGCUGUUGAUUAUGAUCAGUAAAAGCUGCUACUGUCACUAAAGCUCGAUUCUUAAUCAAGCCUGCAAAACAUCUGUAGUGGAAGUUGGACACACACCAAACAAAAAAAAAAUCCUUCCUUGUGAUAAAAUCUCGCCCCCUUUUUUUUGUGUGUGUGUGUGUGUGAGAGGAAGAGUUUGGAGACUUCUUUGAACAAGGUCUUCCCAACCUACUUUUUUAAGCUUAGAGAAAAAUCACUUUUGUGGCAUGUGAUCAAAUGAAUUUUUGUUCUUGUUAAACAUGCCUUCAGUGGAAACCUGCAGCAACUUAUUCCUCAGAAGGCAUUUUUGGUGCCAGUAAUUGCAAGGUGACCUGCUACUGUAAUUGUUUUGUGAAUUUGUUUAAAUUGUCAUUCAGAAUAGAAAUGUCCUGUGUGCAUGUGCGCCUGCAUGCAUAGGCUGGAGAAGCAAGGGAACAUGUUAUAACCAUUUUUACAUGAAAUAUUGGCACAGGCUAUCGAAAAAGCGAAAUGUAAACUGUGGCUUAACAUUUUCUGUUCUUCAUAUCUUACCCUCUUUCUCCAUCUUUUUCCCUGUCUCCCGCUGGUGGUGACGGUGGUUUUGAUGGUAGGCUUUAGUAUUUGUGAAGAACAGAUAGCAUCUUUGAGUUGUACAAAUUAUGCAAAGGUGUACUGGGUAGUCCAAGUAUCGACAAAGAUCUUUUGCCACUCAUUUACAUCUUUUCAUUCAAUAAUCAAUGGUUGUGUUAAAAACUGUUAAUACUCUUCAUGUUGUGUUGAAAAGUUUGUUGGAUGUUUGGCAGCGCACGCACAGAGUAUAAGAAGUUAGAGUCUAUUUAUGCCAGUGAGAAAAUUGAUGCAACAGUAUGCUUGAUUUUGCAAGGAUGGAAAAGUCUUAUGAUGCUUAGUUUCAUGGGUUUCUUAAGGGAAAACUCAAUUUAAAUGUUUUCUCUACAUCUUGCAUUGCUGUUUGAAGUCAGUACUGUCAGUGUUUAAUGUUCCAGUUACACACAGGCCGAUUUUAUCUGUGAUGAAGAGUUAUGUUUGUGAAAGGUUGUUUUCAUAGUGGGUUUGAGGUUGGCUUUUUUUUUUUUGUUUUUGUUUGUUUGUUUUUUUUGAAGAACUGUUUUGUGUAUCAGUGGCUAGAAAUACUUACUCAACUUGACUGCAUGUAUAUGGGUCUUGCUGUGAAGAGAUGUCUUAUUCACAAUGAGCUUUCAUAAGCAUAUUUUCAUAGAAAUCGUAUGCAGCUGAUAUUAUCAGAGACAUAAUGAAAAUAAAGGUAGUCUAGUUUUCUUUGACCGCUGUGUCAAAGAAUCUGGUCUUUUUCUUGCUGAUAGGUAAUGUUAAACUUACCCUGAUUGUGAAGUAACUCGUAUAACAUGAUCAUUCAUGAAGGAAUUGACUUCUCUUUUUGUGUAUAUACCAGAAAUUAAACAAAAAUAUAUUCACUUUACCCCUGUCAUAAAAUCGACUUGUGGGCUCAAGCCCAGUAUAGCAAAAGAGAUGCGACCUUUCAGCUCUGAUCAUAAAUGUGAUGUGUAGCAAAAUGAAAAAGAUAUUUAUUUAGUACCAGAUUUCUUUGUUUGAUUUAUUAGUAUGAGGAACUUGAACGACAAAAGUGUGUAACUUUGCUCUACUUCAAUUACAUUUUUGCAUAGUUGAUGUCUGGAAUAAAAAUUAUAACAACCUUUGUAAUCAGAUUCAGUAGCUUGUCAGUUUAGAAUAGAUGGUUGCAUGAAACUUCUCAGGGUAUAGGAUUUGCUCCCUUGAAAUUUUCCCUUAUUCUCCGCUGAUGCUACCAUUUCUGAAAAUGACUAGCUCUUUAUGUGCUUUCAAAACUUUUUUUACUUUCUAUGUGAAUUUUUUAGUUGCUCUCUUUUUUGGCAUAUUUAUUUAUUCAAUUUUUAUGAACACUAAGUAUGGUUACAUUCAUUGAGCACAUGUGUUUUCCUAAAGACCAGUUCAUUUUCAAAUGGCUUUUAAUCUUUUAGUUUUAUUCCUUAAAGUGUGAUUCUUUUUUGUAUGCAGAAUGUUGGAAACUAAGAAAAGAUUACAUAACAAGAUGUGUGUAAAAUAUUAUGUGAUAUUACUGUUGGUGGUAUGCUUAGAGAGAAAUAAAUUUUUGCAGCAUAUGAUCUAAGAAAAAUUCAGAUAAGCCUUGCAAACAAUUCUUUAUCAAGUAAUGUUGCAAAUAAUGAUUAAAAAGAAAAAAAUCAGCAUCCUCAAAAGGACACAAAUCUGGUUAAAUUACUCAUUAUUACUAGUAAGUUUUGCAUGCUGGUAUCACUGCCGUAACAGGUAGUGUUCGUUUAGGUCGCUUUUCUGGAGAUUUUUAACUUGACCUAACACUAUGCUUUAGCUGGAAACUAAAUGUGAGAAGGAAACAGUAGUAGGGAUCGUGGAAACAUUUCUUGACAGAAUGUAGGAAUAUCUGUGAUGCUGUUAAGAAGUGUGUGACUUAUAAAUGUGUUAGCAUGUAUGUGUAUAAAAUGAAUGUGUUGACAUAAAUGCACGAACAGCUUUUAUAGAUCUCCCAUAGGUGUGAUCUGUUUAUGGGCAUUAUUUAAAUUCUCGGCAAAAAGAGUUAAGUUAGGAAUCCUCAGUUUAUUAGACUGCAAAAUUCAUCUUGCCAGAAAACUUUAGGAAAAUACUUAUCACUUGGAGAGUCUACAAUUUAUCACUUGUUGGUAACAUUGAGUGGGUUGGGGUAUGGACGAAUCUGUAAUGUAUGGCCUGUUUUGCUAAAACUUGUAUAUAGGGCAGUGAUUCAAUGACAUCAACUAAACAGAGAACCACUUUGCAAAUUAAUUGUAAAAUAUGCUCAGGGUUGGGUUUUGCUUGAUUCUUUAUAGUCUCUGUUGUGGGCGCUUGCUUUUUUUUUUUUCCCCCUUGAUGAAGACUUGGAUGAAUAUGCAUUACACAAUAUAUUUAUUUUUGACUCUGUUUUUCAGACUUGAAGGGAGAAUAAUAUAUAUAUAUGAUCAUAAAUUGCCCACAUUUUGUAUUGGAAACUCAUGGCAACCACAUUUUUGCUAAUUGCAGAGUAUUCAGCAUUGAAUUGUCUCAAGCCUAUUUUUCUUUGUGCGGUGUGAAAGAUGUAGAAACCAAAGGUGAUAUGUAUGUGUGAGUGUGUGUGGUCACAUGUAUAUUUGGUAGAGUAAGAAAGUUUCUUCAUAUGUAAUUUUGAUUUUGGGGGAAAUAAGAUCCUUAGUUUUAUCUUUUGUGCGUGUUAAGUUUUGUUUGUGCAAAUUGUUUCAACUAGGAACCCUGCUUGGCAUGUCAGAAAAUUGAGGGCUUUCCUCCAGAAACCAGCCACUUUGACAACUACCCGCAGUCAAUUCAACCACAGCAUCAUCCAUGCAAUAAUUUGGCCCUGUAUUAAAUGAAUGUUGGUGUGAUCUCCUUUAUCAUUCUCGGUUCACCUGCACACAUCAAUCUUUCUCUUUCUUCGUUUGUGUGAGAUAAAGAUGUUGCUUUAUAUUAGUAGGUUUUUGUGGUAAAACAUAUUUGUAGCUUUUUUUUCAUUUGCACUCUAGUAGUGCAUCCUGUGAUUUGAGCAAAUAAACCUUCAGCUCCUC